GCGGGGUCGGGGUUUCUCGGGGGGGGCAGGCAGGGAAGUGGAGGCUUCCGAGGCGCUGUAACGUCCACCUCUGUGGUGGUCAGCGCGGUGGAGGCGGCAGCGCCCCGAGCGUGCGGCCCUGCCAGAGAGAAGUUGAUUUGGUGACACAGCACCGCGACUUGUCCCGUCAGGCCAAUGGGAACCACGUGGACUGUGCGGAGUAUCUCCGUGCCCCUAACUGCCCAACACACAUGAGCUAGUUUUGAUGGGCUUGGCUGUAGGGAUUAAUAUGAUUUAAGUGGGUGUAGUUAAUGGACUUUGUCCCGUCUUCAAGUCCUGUUUUCUUCCCCGAUUUAUUUGCUUAGGAAACAACAGAAAUGACUAACCGAGAAGAGGCAGAGAUACAAAUUUCAGAAUUAGAUUUACUGUCUAGCAUGUUUCCUUACGAGGAAGAGUUCAUUGUGACUGACCAGCUGGCUGUAGCUGAACUAAAACACUUUAUUGAAAAUGAGUCUGCAGAGAUGCCAUCUUCGAAAAUUCAGUUUAUACUGAACAUAAAGCUAGAAGUCUCUAAUGCCUCUAUGGUGGAAUUCUCUAUGGCCUGUGCUUUACCAUUCAAAUAUCCAACUGUUCUACCAGAAAUUACUGUGAGAUCAUCAUUAUUAAGCCGCUCUCAGCAGAUUCAUCUGAACUCUGAUCUAAAAACAUAUUUGACGCAAAACUGCAGUGGUGAGCCCUGCAUGUUGAGUGCAAGGGAAUGGGUUAAAGACCACGCAUCUGCUUACAUUGACAAAGAGCUUUCAUCUUUCUCGGUGCCAACAUCAAAUGCCAUCCAGCCAGAAGUCAUCACAUUCACUCGAUUGUGGAUCUAUAGUCAUCACAUUUACAACAAGCAAAAGAGAAAGAAUAUUAUUGACUGGGCCAAGGAGCUCUCUCUGUCUGGGUUUUGCAUGCCAGGGAAACCAGGUGUUGUUUGUGUAGAAGGUCUACAAAGUAAUUGUGAAGAGUUCUGGUCAAGAGUAAGGAGAUUAACAUGGAAAAGAAUUCUCAUUCGGCACAGAGAAGAUGUUUCUUUGGAAGGCGGAGGACAUGCUGAGAUUCAGAAACAAAGAAAGUUCUCCACUUUGGAGGAAAAAUGCUUUGAUGCACAUGGUGCCAGAGGAAAUCAUAUGGAUUUGGGGCAGCUCUAUCAUUUUUUAGAAGAAAAAGGAUGUGCUGAUAUUUUUGAAAUGUAUUUUGGGGUUGAAGGUCAUUGAAGGGGUUGAAGAUGACCACAGGUCCAGGUGCCUACAUUUGUCAGUUAAUCCUUGUAACAGAUUCCUUAGCUGUCCUGAAACAGUUGAUCAGAGAGGGAAUUAAGAAUUUGUGGAUAAUAUGAUGAAUCCAGUUUUCAGUGAAAACAAAUAUCCAGUGAAAUCCUGAGUAAUGAAAAUGACUAGAUGAAUGAUUUGUUAGGCUUUCUGAUUUUAAGGACAUUUAGGGUGCAUACCCAAUUACAAUGAAAGAAAAUAUGUUUGAUUACCUAACGGGCAUUUACAGAAUUAUAGAUGAAUGGAUGGAAUUGUGGUGAAUGAAUAUAUGAAUAAGAAGAGAGAAGAAUAAUGUGUGGCUGUCUCAGGGGAGGAAGUGAUAUAUUUAUAUUAUUUGAUACUGUUUACAUACACUAGAUGAAGACUUUUUUUAACAAUCUUUCCUUCUACUUUCUACCUGAAAGUAUACUAAGCCAAAAAAAAAAAAAAAAAAAAAAAAAAAGGAGGGAGCAAGUUGACAAAAGCAUUUUUCAUCUAAACAGGAUGAGCUAGGAUGCCUACUCCAAGCCAUAAGAAUUUUCUGUGGGUAAAAGUGUGUAUGCAAGUGAGAGAGAUACUGUGGAGGCUCCAUUACAUCUGUAGCUGAGGAGUCUGUUUACUGAUGUAAAAGCAGAAGCUUAACAAGGAUUGGGCUCACUUACAGAGCACUCCAAAACACUAAAACGAUUCUUACCACUAAUUUAAAUUGCAUUAUGCUGCAUAUGCUUUUGAGUCUGGUUUCAACAAUUUUGUAUCAAUGAAUUCCGCUUUGUUUCUUUGCUUAUGGAUUCUGUAUCUAAGUCAAGUACGUGUCAUAAAAAGCAGACGUUGGUUGUUUCUGAAGUUGAUUAAAUAUUUCUGUGU